AUGACUUCGCGGAGAUGGGGUGCCGACACGCACCUAAAAUCACCUUGGCGUCGACGUCCGGUCGACCUGUUCAUCUGGAGUGCGUUGUUGAGCAUAUUUGCUGUGCAAAUUUCCGCUGCCGUUCAACCCGAUACCCUCAUCAAUGAAUACCGUCUUCCCGGCAACCACUCCGUCAAUCUGACGCACGUCAUAAUCAACCCGCAAACGGGGCACCUGUUUGCGGGCGCCACAAACCUCGUGAUGGAAUUCAAUGAGAACCUAACCCUGGUUCGGAGUGUUGCCACCGGUCCCGAGUUCGAUAACGAACAGUGCCCUAUCAGCAAUUGUAAAGCGACAGGUAUCGAGCUACGUCAAAUUAACACCAUCAACAAAGUGCUUCUAAUCGACGACGAAAACGGAAAGCUGAUCGUGUGCGGGAGCACGCAUCAGGGCGCAUGCCAGCGCAUGGACCUGAGCAACAUCGUCAAGAAGGAACCUCUAGUGAACUAUCCGGUGGCGACCAACGACGAGAACUCGUCGACGUUCGCCAUGAUCGGACCUGCGAAAUUCGCAGUCGGGAAUCAACGUAUGCUCUACGUCGCUACGACGAGGACGCGCUACGGAACGUACGGCGACCACCGACCCGCGAUAUCGGGGAGAAGUCUCGAAGGCCAAGGAGACUUGUUCGGUAUUUUGGAGCAAUCGUUCUCGACGAUCGCUCGGGUCGAUCUGGACACGUCGGUAAAGGACUACUAUCUCGUCAACUACGUCUACGGUUUUCAUACCGACGACUACGUCUAUUUCGCCACGGUGCAGAUGCGCAGCCAUCUGCUGUCGCUUCAAGAGCUCGGCUUCAAUUCGCGUCUGGCCAGACUUUGUGCGGGCGAUCCGUCUUUCAACACGUACACCGAGGUCAGCCUCGAGUGCCGAGGUCACGACGGCACGGACUACAAUCUUUUGCAGGACGCCACUCUCGUUGAGGUAGGCUCAGAUCUCGCCCGAUUCCUCGGGCUUCGCGACGACCGAAGGGUGUUCGUGGGGGUUUUCGCCCAGAGUGCAGACCACACCACGAAGCCUAGUGGAAAAUCAGCUGUGUGUCUUUACCCCCUCCGACAAAUUGAGAAAAUGUUCACCGAGAACAUCCAUAUGUGCUACAACGGAACCGUGGCUACGAGGAAUAUGGAUUACGUAGCCGGCAGUCUGGCAGACUGUCCUGCCCCUGGGAAAAGCGGAAAUGUGUACAGUUUCUGUAACGAGACGCUGAAAGUUAAUGGCAGUGCUCCCAUACGUGCUCAGGCCGCCGCUACGUGGCAAGGUGUUACGCUCACCGCCGUCGUCGUGACAAUCACGCAACAGCAUAGCGUCGCCUUCCUCGGAACUAACCACGGAACCGUUAAGAAGAUCCUAUUGUCAGCCGAUGGUGUCGGAGAGGAAUUCGAAGAGGUAGAUGUAGAUCGACCUCAUCCGAUCAUCGCGGACAUGCACCUCAGUCCGAGGGGUGAUUUCAUCUACGCCGCAUCGCCGUACAAGGUCGCCAAACUGAAAGUGACCGAGUGCGAGCAGUACGAUACGUGCAGUGCCUGCCUCCAGGCGAGAAAUCCUUAUUGCGGAUGGUGCUCUCUAGAAAAAAGAUGCGCCGUGAAAUCCGCGUGCCACAGCCCUUCAAUUGUAGAAGACCGUCUUUCCGCUACUCGGUGGCUUUCGCUGGAUUCGCAGCAAUGUAUUGACUUCCAGUGGAUUCGUCCCGAGCAGCUGGCGGUCUCGGCCACGUCGUCGAUCGAGAUCUCCAUCAACCAACUGCCACAGCUGCCCAACGGCGCUUUCUACAUCUGUGUGUUCGGUACGGACAAUAAAGUGCCGAUCCAGGCAAGAGUGACUCCGAACGGUUUGAUGUGUGCAACUCCAUCCGUCUCCAGUCGGCCUCGUGUUCCUGCCAACAUGGAUUCCGUUGAUACACUGCUGGCGAUCCGCUCGUCGGAGACCAAAAAAGAUUUCCUCCAAAGACCGUUCACAUUCUACGACUGUUCGGCACACAAAACCUGCGGAUCCUGCGUGACGUCCCGUUUCGCCUGCAAUUGGUGCUUCUCGGAUAACAAGUGCACCUCAGACACUUCGUCCUGCUCGAAGACUGUCAUCCUCGGGGAGAAUAAUCCCGUGGACAACCUCAUGAACAAGGGUCGCGCCUAUUGUCCUUCGUUCGAAGUGAACAACUCACUUCUUCUGGCAGACGGUUCACGAUCCGAAGUGACCGUCGAAGUUCGCAACCUGCCAAGCCCUGCGGAUAAUUUCGAGUGCCUGAUCGACAUUGAAGGACGUCAGACGAAGGUGGUAGCAUCGGUACGCCAAAACAGAGUCAUCUGCGCUGAAACCGAAUACUCGUACCGAGAGGCGACGGGCGAAGUGCAAGCUCAGCUCACCGUGCUCUGGAAUCGAGACACCUUCAUAGGACGCACCAAUGUCACCUUGUACAAAUGUUCAUUACUUGGAUCUCACGCCGGCCGAGGGGAUUGUUCUCUGUGCGCAUCCAGAGACCCAAAGUACGAAUGCAGCUGGUGUGGUAACCAAUGCAGCUAUGGACCCUCCUGCUCCGAGCCUGUGCAGACCACCUGCCCUCCACCUAGAAUCGAUUGGAUCCAUCCGCUCAGCGGACCAAUCCAAGGAGGAACCCUGAUAACAAUCGAAGGAAGUAACCUAGGAACUUCGAGAGAGGAAAUCGAAGACAAAAUUACGGUGGGAGGCGUACCGUGCCGUGUCGUCGACUACUCGGUCUCUGUCAAGGUGUCCUGCAUAACCGGACCCGCCGACGGCGCCAUUACAGCGGAAGUACACGUUGGAAACCGGGCGGGAUUAAGUUCAGCGAAAGAGAAGUUCUCCUACAAGGAAAUCACCCUGGACGAAGUCAAUCCAAAAAUGGGCCCGCAAUCGGGCGGAACCCGAUUGUACAUCUCGGGACAGAACCUCAAUAUCGGAUCAAACGUCGAAGUGUACCUGGACAAUCAGCCGUGCAUCGUUGACAAGACCCUCGCCUCGAAUUCGCAGAUCUCGUGCACGACGACACGGUCCGAAAUUCCGUAUAACGUGUCUACGCUCACGUUGAAAAUCGACAACUCGACCAGACUGCUACGGUACCCGUUCAUCUACGUGAACGACCCGAAGAUAAUCGAUAUCACGCCCAAGAAGAGCUUCGUGUCGGGUGGUCGCCGCAUUCGAGUGACAGGAAGUAAUUUCGAUGCGAUCAUCGCGCCGAAAAUCGCCGUCUUCUCAAACGAUAACAUUAUUAACGAAACGUCUUGCGAAGUCGAAAGUAGUUCAAUCAUGUACUGCUCAUCACCGCCAGUGAAUUCAGAGAUUUUCGUGGCUCGACCCGCCGCUCGUAGGGGCAUCGAGUCGGAAGCUCUACUCGAUGAGUGGCGCUUCAAAAUAGGCUUCCUCAUGGACAACGUAUCCAGCGUGCGAGACCUGCCGAGAAACUUUCCCGAGCUAAUCUCCGAGAUGGUGUACGUUCCCGAUCCCUUUUUCUAUCCGUUCGACAACGCCGGUCACGUGAAAUUGUACAAAGGCGAGUCUCUCGUCAUCGAGGGCAUGAACAUCCGCCACGGACUUCGCGAAGACAACGAGAUUUCGGUUCACAUCGGCGAUGAACGCUGCAACAUCACCUCGGUGGCCAACAACCAACUCGUUUGCUUACCUCCGACCGAGCAACCGCAAGCCUACAGCAAUUAUUGGCAUGGCAAGGAGAGCCGCAACGACCUGCCGCUCGUAACCGUUCGCAUCGGACCCAAUCUUCUCUAUGUGAUCGGAUACCUUCGUUACGAAUUCUCGAAACGAGGCGAUCUGCCUAGCGAGGCGGUUGCCGCCAUCGCCGCCGUCGGAAUUCUUCUAACGGUCGUGUCGCUGUUCAUCAUCGUUCUCCUGAGACACAAGUCCACUCAGGCCGAGAGAGAAUACAAACGUAUUCAACUGCAGAUGGACGAUCUCGAGAAAUCCGUACGCAUCGAAUGCAAGCAGGCGUUCGCCGAGCUCCAGACCGACAUGACAGAUCUCACGAACGAUCUGUACGCGAUGGGAGUGCCAACACUCGACCAUCGGGCGUAUGUGAUGAAAGUGUUCUUCCCCGGAGUGUUCGACCAUCCUCUGUUGCGAGACAACAAACUCUCGAACAACGGCUACUACAACAACUACGAAGUGGCAAUGACGCAGUUCCAUCAGCUGCUUUUCAACAAGAGCUUCCUCAUCAAUUUCAUCAACACGUUGGAGAACCAGGCCAGUUUCACAAUCCGUGACAGAGUCAACGUGGCUUCUCUUCUCAUGGUGAUCUUCAUGAACAAGCUCGAAUACGGCACAGAUAUCCUGCGUACACUGUUACUUCAGCUGAUCGAGAGGUCGACUUCAUCGAAACAUCCUCAGUUGAUGCUGCGUAGAACGGAAUCAGUGGUGGAAAAGAUGUUGACUAAUUGGCUGGCCAUCUCAAUGUAUGACUACCUGAAGGACUUCGCCGGCUCCUCACUGUUUCUGCUCUUCAGCGCAAUCAAGUAUCAGGUCGAGAAGGGACCAGUGGACGCAGUCACCCACGACGCCCGGUAUUCGCUCUUCGAAGCUAGACUUUUACGUGAACAGGUCGACUACGCGACGGUCACUGUUCACGUGGUCCAGGAAGAGCAGGGCGACAAACUCGUCUGCCGCGUCAACGACUGCGACACCAUCUCGCAGGUCAAGCAUAAGAUCCUCGACGCCCUGUACAAGAACACGGCGCACUCGUUGAGGCCAAACGUUCAGGACGUGGACCUCGAAUGGCGUCACGGUCGAGGUGGACACCUCAUACUUCAAGACGAAGAUCUCACGACGAAAACCAUCAACGGAUGGCGACGCAUGAACACCCUCCGCCACUACGGCGUGAAGGACUUCGCCAUCAUGAGUCUCGUCAGCAAGCAAAACGACAGUUUCAAUGCCUACCCCGGGGACCUGACACUAAACUCGAUGUCGACACUGGUGCUAGCCAACAACCAACACAACACGAUGCAGAACGUCUACGCCACCAUAAAAUCCACUCACGGAGGUAGCCACACUUCUUCGUCGGCGCAUUCGGACGUCGAGAACGGGCUCAAGUACUGGCAUCUGAUUAAAAACGACGACGACAAGAAGAACGACCAGGCUUACACGAAAGCCAUACCAGAAAUUUUCCUCACGAGACUAUUGUCCACGAAAGGAACAAUUCAGAAGUACGUCGAUGACUUCUUCACCACCAUCCUGUCGGCGAACGAGGCGCUGCCACCUGCUAUCAAAUGGCUGUUCGAUCUUCUGGACGAAGCAUCGAUGCUGCACGGUAUCACCGAUCCCGAAGUACCGCACGCGUGGAAGAGUAAUUGUCUACCUCUUCGAUUCUGGGUGAACUUCAUCAAAAAUCCCGACUUCAUUUUGGAUGUCAACAAGACGCCCGUCGUUGACAGCUGUCUUUCUGUGAUCGCGCAAACUCUCAUGGAUUCGUGCUCUUUGACCGAGCAUCGACUCGGCAAGGAUUCUCCGUCGAACAAACUGCUGUUCGCGAAAGAUAUACCUCGAUACCGAAAGAAGGUUUGCGACUUCUACCACUGCUUGGCCAUGAUGCCCACUGUCACCGAUCAGGAUCUUUGCGUCCAUCUGCAGCAGCUCAGCCUGCAAUACGGCGGCGAAUUCGACGCCAACAUCGCCGUCAAGGAGUUGUACGUGUACGCGGCCAAGUACCGUGACCACGUGCUGCUCUCACUGGACAGUGAUCCGCAAUGUCGGAACAUGCACCUCGCCCACAAAUUGCACAACGUCGCGUGCACGAUGGAGGGCCAGCCCACGUCAGUGUGUUGAGAACUUUAGGCAAACCCAGAUCCGAUCAAGCCGGUCCAUGUAUUUGUACAUAAGAGUUCGCUCUCUGUAAAUAUUAGUAAGGUUGUCAAGUUGGGUCGACGAGUUGUCACGAACAGAAUCAGGGGGCCAUCUCCCUCCGGAAAGCAGGGUGCCUAACGUCUCUUUCCCGAGAGCAGUUUGGCAAAGCUUUAUUAUGUGUGUGUGAGAGUGAAUGAGUAUGUUGCUUUCUACGCCAUUCUAGGCCAUUCCAGGCUUCCUGUGGCAUAAGGUGUGCCUCAGGGCUCAGGCCCACCAAGUCACUAUUGUAAGAGAGACGAGUUAGAGUUUGUAAGGAUGUGUAAUUUAUUCAGGGAUGGAGGGAAGAAAAUUUGUAUAUCGGAAAAAAGAGAGCAAUCCGAGAAAUUCCGAC